GUUGGAUGCAGAACGCUUCGACGACCGAGCGAUAUAUCCGUGGAAUCGAGCUGAAUAUAUGCGUUCCAGAAAACGGCGAUGUGGCUGAAGACGAGAGCGGGAUCGAACGACCAAGAGCGAGACAGUCAAUUGUUUGGGCUGAUUGUGCUUAAUGAAGUGUCGGACAUGUCAUGAGCACAGACAAUAAACAAGCCUUCGUGUAAAGAGUCUGCAAUACUCGGUCCGCAGUCCACGUUCGGUGCAGAUGCUGCCUCUCUGGGUUGCAAAAUAUGCCCGGGAAAAGUGAAAAGUGCCAGUGACAGUGGGCCAAUGUGCCAGUGAAAAGCCAAAGCAAAAUUAUGUAGGCCUAGAUCUCGCAGACCUGCUCAGUAUCAAACACAUAUCCCCAAUCGUCCCCCUGCCGAAGGAAAUGAGCCAGAACCUCCAAGUGAGCUACACCGCUUUGGGCAUGUCGGACGAUAAUCAAACCUGCAGCUAUUCGAUGCAAUCGGGGACAUCCCCCUCCCACAACCACCGCCUGCAGCGCAAUGUCAACUUCAACGAGGACCUCAACGACCUGGCCGGCUACCCCCCGCAGCAGCUGCCCCCCGCCCCGGCGGUCCGGCGCUUCUCCAAGUCCAUUUUCCAGCGACCGCGUUCCAUGUCCGUUUGGAGUGACAUCAGUCGCAGCAGUAUGCGUCUGGAUGAAAG